UCAAUUGUCAAAAACAGCUGAUUGGUCAUCCUUUUUGUUUUGUAAAAGUUCAAAAGUAUUUUAUUUCCAGAAUAAUAGGCCUUUUCUUAUCUAUUAAUUUACUUCAGUGGAAUGGAUUGCCAAUGGGUAAAACAAUCUGCUAGUUUAAAUAAAGGCAUUCAAGUCAUCAAUGAACUAGAUGAAUCCAAAUUUGAGCAAUUUCUACGACGGAUUGUGGCGAAACUUAAAGUUCAAGAUGCACAAAUUUUCACCCAAGAUGAGAGGCAGAAGCUUGAGAAAAUAUUCAAAAUUGAUGAUAACAGUUUGGAAUUAGCCAUAAAAACAGUGAUAUAUUUAUUCAAACGAAUGUUGAAGUUCAUAUUCAUGCCUUCAGAUUUAAAAACAGAUUUGAAAACAUUGGGCCUAAAUAAUGACAAAUCGGAUAUCUUUGUGAAAGUGUGGUCUACAGAAACAAGGACUACAUUAGAUGAAUUGGGCACCAAGGAGAUGGAAGAAUCUGACGAUGCAAUACAUUUCAACUGGAAACUGAAUGCUGAAUUGAGCUCGGACUACCACAAGAAAUGCAAAGUCCCAAAAGCCUACUUAUCUUUAACUGGCGAGAAAAAAGAUCUUGAACUAGAACUAACUCAUCCAGAACUCUACUCUGUGUUUCUUCAAUUUGAAUCAAUUCAGAAUGAGUUGGAUAACAUACUUUAGUAUACACAUUAUAUGUUAUUGAGAUUAUUUUUGUUAUUAUAAAUAAUUUCAAGUUUUAAAAUGUAAUAAUUAGACUUAUUAGACUGAUAUAAGGUAAAUUACAUAGUUAAUAAUAUUUGUUAAACUAAGCAAUCAAUAUUCCAUCGUUAUUUAAGUUAAGAAUAUAAAUUUGGUUUCUGUAGAGUGGUAUUUAUUUCUGUAAUUGUAAUUUUAAACUUAUUCUAUACUUAAUAUUAUAAAUGCGA